AUGCUCGUGUCACUGACUGUGGGCAAGGUCGAUGCCGGUGUGGCAGUACUGCUUACCGAGGACAAGCGAUUGAUCGAGUUCCCGUCCAUUCUGCUGCCCGCCGACAUCACCUCGGGCUCUAUCGUAGACAUCAACGUAGCUCGUAAUGAGCCCGCUGAAGAGAAGGCGGUCCAAAAGUUCGACGCUCUCCAGGAAGACAUCUACUCGACCUUCGGCAUCCACUCUCCGUCCGCUCCCAUCCUACGCUGUCGCAAUGCCACCCAGACUUCGGUCGUACUCGAAUGGGACCCUGUACAGCUGGCGACCGCAGAGUUGCGCAGUCUGAGCUUAUACCGUAACGGCAGCAAGGCUGGCAACAUCCCCCGCGACAAGCUGAGCACAAAGAUCUCGGGUCUGGCUGUCGAUAGCGAAUACACUUUCCACCUUGUCCUGCGCACUUCGGCCGGCACAUACACCAGCGACCGUCUUACCGUUCGCACUCACAAGAUGACCGACCUGACCGGCAUUACCAUCACACCCGGCAUCAUGCCUCAGCAACUGCGCGACGACCUGCAGGCCACCGUUGACCGCAUUGGCGCAAAGAUGAUUGACACGCUGCGCAUCGACACAACCCACUUUGUCUGUACCGAGGGCCGUGGUCAGGCCUGGGAGAAGGCUGGCGAUAUGAACGUUCCCGUCGUUGUGCCCGACUGGCUCAAGGGCUGCGAACGCGAAGGACGCAUAGUCGGUGUCCGCGCUUACUACCUCGACGCUGAUCCCAAGCUACGGAACAUUGGUCCCACCAGCCAACCCUUGCCCUCUCCUCAGGUCAACUCCGACUCACGACGACCUUCGACCCAAUCACAAGCUCCCGCCCAAUCGCAACCUCCGCAAAAACACCUCCAGAUACAGCCACAGCAACUCAGAGUCAAUCCACCACUCGCCAGUCCUCGUAUCGAACACACACCACCUACACCCGAGCAGGCUCAACAUCCCGAGAUCCCUACUCCUCAGCACGGGUCCGCCGAUACUGCUCCUCCCACACCGCCCAAGGAAGACUCUGUGCCUGAAGUCCAGCAGCCCUCUGCGCAACAUACUCAACAAAAGCCCGUUUCCGAUCUUCCUUUCCGCAACCUCCCAAGCAGUGUAGAAGAACAAUCUUCUGAGCCAACACAUGAGGUGCAAGCUAGCUCCGACCCCGUCGAAGAAUCUGUCGCUGUUCCAGAACCAUCUGCAGAAACCGAGGAGAAGUCUGUCGAGCCUGCUUCGGUCAACAAUCUCAAAGCUAUUGGUAUACCUCAUGCUGAGGAGCCAUCUACCAAGGGACCAAGCGAGUUCGAUGAUGUUGCUCUGUAA